GGAAGGAAAUCAGAACGGGAGAAUGAGCUCACCUACGCGUUUGCAAGCGCCCAACGGGUCUUGCUCCCAUGGGAGUGCGGAUCUGGUUGUCGCCUUAGGUUGCAGUCCACUUACCUGGGAAGAAAUAAGCCCCAUAAAUUCAUCAGAUGGACUCUGAAGAAUCCUUUUAGUAGGAGAAUAGAGAAGAGAUGCCUAUUUAAUAUCUUGUUAUUCAGUUUCCGAGAGAGCCCCCACAAAUUAGCCUGCAAGGGCAUAUCAAAAUGAUGACCCAACCUGAGUAUGAGACUGAGAAAAGCAACUGUGAAAGCCAGCAGAAUCAACUGCAGAACCGUGGGGCUGCUUGCCAGGAAGAGAAAGAUGGAGAAAACCCCUGGGAUACCUUUUGGCUUCUGCAGAUUGAUGUGGGUUGUGAAAGCCCAAGGAACCAGCUUACAGAAAACGAGACUUGGUGUUCGAGAAAUGUUUUAAGGAAACAGAGGCACUGGGAGAAGAUCAUUUCGGCGAAAAAGAGGAGAAGAAAACUUGAGAGAGAGCGGCGUAAAGCUAAGCCCACUGAAGGAAAAGGUGCUGUUCCCCAGCUCAGCAAGCGGGAUUUAAAAGUGAUUAGAAAAGAGCGCCUUCUGGAGGCCAAGGAAACAGGCCCUCGGCUGUGUAUCGAUUUGAGCAUGACCAGUCACAUGACUUAUAAGGAAACAAGCCGGCUUGCCGCUCAGAUAAGGCGGCUCUAUGGGUCAAACAAGAAAGCUCAAAAGCCCUUUUGGAUCUAUCUUACUGGGUUUGAGAAAAACAGCCCAAUUUAUGAAGCAUGCCUGAGGAUGAAUGAUGGAUUUACCAAUUACCUGAUGGAUGUCACUCCAGAAAGUUAUCUUGACGUAUUUCCUUUAGAAAUGAUGGUUUACCUCACUCCAGACUCUGAGAAUGCUCUUGAGGAAGUUGACCUGCGCAAAGUGUAUAUCCUUGGGGGGCUGGUGGAUGAAAGCAUUCAAAAGAGACUUACCUUCCAAAGAGCCCAGGAAGAACAUCUGCAAACAGCACGGCUGCCAAUCCAAGAGUACAUGGUAAAACAUGUCAAUGCAAAGAACUAUCAUUCUACAACACUGGCAAUCAACCAAGUGUUUGAUGCCUUGUCAACUUUCUGUGAGACUAGGAGUUGGGAAGAAGCCCUUAAAGCUGCAGUUUCUCCAGGAAAAGGAUAUGUCCUUCGAGAGACAGCACUGUGACACAAAGAAUCUACGUGCAAAAGGUGGUCAUGAGGAGGAUGGGUUAGAAGGAUGGGUCUCCAAUAACCCUCAUCUACUGAACUCAUCUCCACUUCUGUGGAGCCAAUCAGUUGUGGGGCUAAUCAGUUGCUUGUUCUUAAUGAAUCUCUCUUAGGAGAAUGGGUGAAAAUAUUCUAAUAUCACUAUUAACUGUUAGCUGCCAAUGGCAAGAUCUUCUUUUCUUGAGUGGGAUACUCCACUGCCCAUAGAACCUUCAGUGUUAACAGGGCCUACAUCUAGUGCACAUUUUCCAGGAUGCCAAAAAACACUUGAGCUUCCCUAUAGUAGACACCAACAAGGCCAUGUCAUGACAUGACUGCAUGCACAUUCAGAUCGUGCAAAGCAAGCAUGUCAGGGGUAAAGCAGCCCUACCAUUAUAUACAUUGAAGCAUUACAAAUGCAGCAUGCUGUGCAAGACAGAAUCUAUAUAAAUGUGUCAUUGCUGUGGGAAGCUGCAGUCUGAACUUGAUUUCUUCAUAUAUAUGAAGAAUAUAUAUAUAUGUAUGUAUAGACAGUUUUGAAAGCAACAAACAGAACUACAGUUGGGAAGGAGGCUUUGCACUGCACAUCUCACUCAGCAGACAUAAACCUGUUCAGCAUUCUGAUUUUGAGGAACAUGGGAAGCUACCGUCUACCAAGUCAGGCCAUUGGUCCAUGUACCUCAGUGCUGUCUACACUGACUGGCAGCAGGACUCUUGAAUUCAGACAGGGAAUCUCACCCAGCCCUAAGUGGAGAUGCUGGAGGAUUGAAUCCGGGGCCUUCUGCAUACAAAGCAGAUGCUCUACCAUGGAGCAAUGAGCAUUUCUCAUACUUUUGUAGGUAAAGUUCUUUGUCUGCUUGAUGUGAAAGAAGCAGCUUAGUUUCCAAAGUUUGGUCAUCUGACUUGGUCAAACUCUGUAUGAGAGGCCUAAGACCUCGUCUUGAAACCGCCUGUUUGCCUGUGGUUGGGUCCAUGGACGUGUAAUUUCCUUUCGGAAUUAAAAUGUGUCACUUGGUUCAUACCUUUGAAAUUCUUAUCCUCUCCCCCGCUUUUAUGCCGUCUGUUAAUGCACGGGAAUGAUUAAAAUAAUGUCUAACAUAGUGACAGGCAAAGCUGCAGGUGAUGCGGAUGGUCCUAAUGACCAUAGAACAGUAGAGUUGGAAGGGGCCUAUAAGGCCAUCAAGUCUAACUCCCUGCGUAAUGCAGGAAUCCAAAUCAAAGCAUUCCCGACAGGUGCCUGUCCAGCUGCCUCUUGAAUGCCUCCACUGUCAGAGAGCCCGCUACCUCUCUAGGUAAUUGAUUCCAUUGUCGUAUGGCUCUAACAGUUAGGAAGUUUUUCCUGAUGUCCAGUUGAAAUCUGUCUUCCUGCAACUUGAGCCCGUUAUUCUGUGUCCUGCACUCUGGGACGACUGAAAAGAGAUCCUCGCCCUCCUCUAUGUGACAACCUUUCAUGUACUUGAAGAGUGCUAUCAGUUCUUAAACCAAUUCCCCCUCUGAAUGGUCAUCUCUGAUUGGUCUAGAACAGGCCACAGCUAGCCUAUGUCUACAGUGAGUUUAUCCUUCCUCUCCCGGUGAGCUUAUUUCUGUCUCUUAAAAAGCCAGAUGGUGGGGAGAUUUAAAGAGGGGCUAGAGUGCUCAGGAAAUCAUGAGGCAAUUUCCUCUUCUGUGCUAGCCUUCAGUGUGGAAUCAAAUACUGUUUUCUUCAACAAAAAUAUAUUGAAGGUCAUCCAGCUCAGACGCAUCAUGAACCAGGUGGUAAGCAGCUUGCAAUGUGGUAUUUUUUCAAAAAAAUCAAUUUUUAAUAAAUAAAUAGCUGAUGUCCUUAAAAUCAGUACAAUUUUAUUUUUGACUGUAGUAAUUCUUUGUCUGAGGCUCAUUUAUAUACUUCCUUGCCUGUCUGACUGCAUAUACACCCUACAUUUAAAACACAUUCAUUCCCCUCAAAGAUCCUGGGAUCUGUAGUUUGUUAAGGGUGCUGGGAAGCGAUAGCUCUGUGAGGGGUAAACUACUGUUUCCAGAAUUCUUUGGGGGAAGCCAUGUGCUUUUCAUGUAUGGUGUGUGCAGCCUUAAUUAAGAGUCUGGAUUCUCUAAAAUUUCUGGCUUUCCCUCCUGUAAGCUGUUUAAUGAGGUUUUCACUAGAGACAUAAUUUGUUUCUGGUGAAUGGCAGCUGUUGGGGUAGCCAAUGUAGUGCCCACCAGAUAUUUUGUUCUGCAAUCCCCAUCAUCCCUAACCAUUGAUUAUGCUGGAAUGUCUGAAUCCCAAACAUUUGGAAGGUAUUACACUGAUUACCCAGUUUGGGUGGAUGCCCGUACCCCUACCUUGAUUUCAGAUGUUGUGGUUAUUGCCAAAGUACCCUACAAUUCUGACACCAUAUUUUUGACAAGGUGGUGUAGUUAUUUUAAAACCAAACCAUUUCUGAUGAGGGCUUACAUAGUAGAACUAAGACAACAAAAAAGUUACAUGGCAAAACUAACUAGUUUAUUGUGGCAGGGACUUUGAUAAGGCAACAGCUUAACAUCCAUAUCAGACGCAUGACGUAGACAGAGGUGGUACUGGGAGUGCAUACACAGGAAGUCUGUCAGAUGAUCUGCCAACAGAUGAUACAUUGGGGCUGGCUCUUUUAAGCACUACGAGCAGCUUGUGGAAAGGAAACAGGAGUGGUGGGAUCAUGCUUCUUAGGUAAUCGCCAUUCGGCGCACUGCAUUUAUGUAGCUUUCAGAACACUCAUUGCUAAUGGGAUACAUUUUGAAAGGAAGUACUUAAGUCCAGUGAGGAGGCACAUCCAGAAUGAAGCUUCCGGCGCUCCUCAUUGUGGCACUGAAGCAUGUGCCUAAGGCUGCCUGCACACCACACAUCUAAAGCACAUUUAAAGUGCAUAACUUUCCCCAAAGAAUCCUGGGAAUGGUAGUUUGUUAAGGUUGCUGGGAAUUGUAGCUCUGUGAGGAGUAAGCUACAGUUCCCAGGAUUCUUUGAAUGAAGCCAUGGGUGUAAAGUGCAUGGUGUGUAGGCAGCCUGAGUGCACAAAAUCAUCCCCCUACAUUUCUUGUGAGUCAUGAGGUUUGCACAGUCAACUUCCUGUACCACUUCAUGCCAGCGAUGUGCAUUGAUGGGAGACUAGCACAGACAGCUGGUCAGAGCUGGCUAAUCUGUAGAUCUUCAGAUGUCAUUGGAUUUCAGUUUCCAUCAUCCCUGACCAUUGACUGUGCUGGCUGGAGCUGAUGGGAGCUGGAGUCCUACAACAUCUGGAGGGCCACUGCUUAGCCACCCCUGGUUUAGGUAGAGUGACACACCCAGUCAGCUACACUGGAACCACUUGAAUUAGAUAACGAUCAGCCGUGUGUCUUUGGAUAUCCAGCCCAGUUUGCAUUGCUUAAACAUCAGGAGCCCAGAUUCCCACCCAAGCACACAGACUACGAUGUGCUUUCCUUAACCUUAGUAAUAUUUGUGCAAGUUGGCACACCAAAGCUGUAAGAUUAGAAAGUUUUCAAUACUUCAAGUCCGGGUGACACACAGUACUCUAUCUCAGCUAGCCUUAAAGCAUUUAUGGGUUAGCGACAAAUUGACACUUGAUACUGCAUGCACAGAGCUGCAGCUGUUAUCAGAAAGGGCCCUGAGUCACACAAAAGAGAUUAAUCUCUUGUAUCCUUUACUUACAACAUAGGGAAAAAGCAAGUUGUGACAUGCACCAAACUAUGAUUCUAUGUGUGAUCCUGUCAAUUUCAGCUCACUUAAACCAUGCACAUUAAUAAAGAAUGAGACCAAACUGUUGAAUCACUUGCUUCAGUCUACCUGCUACACAUCAGCUGUCUUUAUUGGGUGAAGGGUUUUAACAACGGACACUUGGCUAAGUAUUUCUCCAUCAAGGACAGAGUAGGGUGGAGAGGCUUCUGUACAAGAUGCUCUGUCUCAUACACAGGGCGAUACCCUGAAUUGUUGCACAAGGCAGAAGAGGGCUGCCGUGAGGGCAGUAUACUGGCACACAAGUAGCUUGACGCUCAAAUUGAGAUAGCCCUUCUCACAGGCUUGCUUAGCCGCCUGGACAAAUUGGUGAUAGCUAACCACAACAUGCUUCA